AUGGCCCAUUAAGCUUUGCCUGAAUCAUUCUGCAUAGAGCCCUAAGAGGAGGUUUUAGCUCAAAUUCAUAAAACCCUCGGUGAAGAUGACCUCUUGAUCUCUCUCGAGACUUCACUCACAUCACAUGUAUAUACAUCUUGUAAUUGUUGAAUCGACGCAGAUCGAAGAUGGCUUGGAGACAAAUCAUACCUUUCAACAGAAGAGCAUUUUCAAUUCCUUCCAAUUUGGUUCCUGGGUUCGCUAAUUUUUCUUCCAAAUCCACACCUUACUUGGUGAAGGUUGGGAUUCCGGAGUUUCUGAAAGGAGUUGGAAAAGGGGUAGAAGCUCACGUUGAGAAGCUUGAAUCGGAGAUUGGUGAUCUCCCGAAGCUUCUCGUGACUCGCACUUUGAAGCUCAAGAAACUCGGCAUCCCAUGCAAACACAGGAAGCUGAUAUUGAAAUACACGCACAAAUAUAGGGUUGGACUUUGGAGGCCUCGAGCGGAGCCUGUGAAAUCGUAAUGGCUCCAGAGUGCUGAUCUACCAUAAUAUUGCUGCUGAAUCGACUUUCUAGUAAUUUAAGAAAGAGUAUCAGAUACAUGAAGUCUUAGAUUUAAUUAUGGAAACAACUGGUUUGGUGAUUUAACACCAUUGCUAUCAUUGGUAUAUCUUUAUUCAGUCUAGCACAAGUGGGUGCUAGGUGACUAUGGCAAGUUUGAGUUCAUAAUUUCUUGCUUAAGGCUGAUUUCUAUGAUGAUAUUCGCAAAACUACUUUCGUCCGACCAUUUUUAACUCUUCAACAAACCAUUAAUUUUUCCUA